GGCCUACUUUAGUGACUAAGCGUACUUAUAAAUGUACAUACCUCCUACAUAUUCUAGUACAUCUAAUGUUUGAGUGUUUAAAUUGAGUGAACUUCAAAGAAUGGACAAGAAGUGACUUUACACAAAAUCAUAAUGGAUAGCAGCCCCUUCAACCGAAGCGGGCUAACGCGCCGCUCUCCACCACCGACACCAACACCAGCCCAAUCCCCCGCCCGAGAGCCAAUAGAGAAAGUGGAGAUCAUCUCAACGCCUGAAUUGCACAACUGGAUGGGGUACAUCGAACAAAGCCUAAACGAGGUCUGCAUUAUUACUUCCGAAGGCAAGCUUAACUCAGAACAAAAAUUAAGAGUGAGUAACCUCUGCCGAAAAGUGGGAAAUAAUGUAGCUCAUCUAGUCCUUCAGUACCAGUCCCUAAAACAAAAGGCCGUACAAACGCAUCACUCUCUCCAAGCCCUGAACGAAAAACAAGCCCUGACAGAUACACUAGCUGCAGAAAUCAAGAAUGCAAUAAAAGAGUCCUGUACAAAACCAAUUUCUGAAAGCACUUCCUUUGCGGAUAUGGUGAAGAAAGGGUCCAACAGCUUCGUUCGUCCAAUUAAACAUAGCGCAUUGGCGAUUUAUCCGAGCGAUAACUCAAAGACGAGCGAUGAAACUAGAAACCUGGUCCAGAAAAUCGUGUGCCCUGAAGAAAUGAAGCUGAAAGUCCGAGGAGUCCGUAAAGUCCGAAAUGGCGGCGUGAUUAUCAGCACUGAGACCAAGGAUGACCUCGAAAAACUAAAGCACACUGUCCAGCAUGCAAACUCAGGCCUCACCGUCAACGAACCACAAAAGCGGAAGCCCCGCAUAAUAAUAAUAGGAGUUCCCUCAUCAAUGGCAGAAAGUGAAGUAUACAACUGCAUCUUUGAACAAAACGUAGUCGAUAAAGUCCCAUCCAUGUCCAGAGAAACAUUUUUGUCCUCAAUAAAGCUAAGCCACAAAUCUGGCAGAAGAGAUACAGAUAAUCAUAACUUGAUCUUAGAAGUAUCAGCGGUCAUACGAAAAGCCCUCAUCACCCAAGAUCGAGUCUUUAUAAACUGGACAUCCUGCCAGGUAAGAGACUUCACAUUGAUAACUAGAUGUUACAUCUGUCAGCAGUACGGUCACGCGGCUAAGACAUGCAAAAAUACUGCCCCGGUUUGCGGACACUGUGGUGAAGAGGGACAUUCAAUCAAGGAGUGCACUAAGAAAAAUGAUUCUCCAAGAUGCGCUACGUGCCUACGCUUCAAAAAACCAGGUAAUCAUAAAACCGGAGAUAUCGAUUGCCCGGCUAGAAAAGCUGCCGAAUUUAGAUACACACAGUUUAGAUACAACUCAAUCGACUAUGAAGGCGCCUGAGAGCGUCACAUAAUAUUUAACCACUUUAGAACUUAACUAGUUUAAGUAUUAUUAUAAUAUGGAUAGUUUAAUUAUGGAAAUAGAUAAUAGUUUUUCAACUAUGACCAAAGCAUGCAAUGUUGAGGACU